AUGACAUGUUUCCUGUCAAAUUGCUUUGAGUUUUGAGUUUUUUUCCGUCUAUAUGUUUUGUGCUUUAUAACCGCCACCCGCACCCCAUUCAUUUCUAAAGUGUUUUCAAAAGCCUAUAAUUCAAGUAAAAUUAUUUUCUUUUAUGUGAAUAUAUUCAAUGGUAACUUUUUUCUCCACUUCUAAAAUGUCAAUGACAUAUAAACUCAGUACUGUUUGAACUAUUCAUCAUUUGCAAGGGAGGAUAUUCAUCAAAAACCAUGACUGUCACGAUAAAAUGGAAACUACAGCAUCUACCAACAGAAAACAUUAUUGAGAUAAAUAAGCCACUAUUUGAAAUAGGAAGGAAUCCAUCAUGCGACAUCAGCACAAAAAAUGAUCUGAUAUCUCGCAGCCAUGCUCGUUUUACAAUUCUGGUUGAUGAAGCACUGUAUCUCCAAGACACAGGAAGCUCAAAUGGUACAUUUGUGAAUGAAAAUCAGAUAUCCAGCAAUGAAAUAGUACCUUUGAAGGAUGGUGAUAUUGUUAAUUUCGGUACAAACACGUAUUACACUUAUAAAGUGAUAAAGGCAACUCUUUUGCCUCCACCUGUACAAGUAGUUGAGGAGCCACAUACAAGCAGCAAGGUUCAAGAAAAGAAAGAAGAGAUGCCAUCUGCUUCUAAUGAAGUUGAAGAACCUACAAUGAGAAAUUCUUCUCAUUUUUCAUCGUUUCAUGAUGACUGUAUAGUAAUAUCAGAUGAUGAUGAUGAUGACCCAUUUGCAAUGAGUCAGAUCUUUCAGAUCACAGAAAAAAUCAAAAACGAGUCAUGUCUUGCUGAUGAUCCCUAUAUGGAAAUCAAGAAAGAAUUGGCUGAUCUGGAUUACUGUGAUACAUUUGGAGAUCCAAUGAAUGAAGUCAUUGACUUGGAGCCGUUCGAGAAUACAAAAGAAUUGUUGGACAUAUUGGAAUCCUCGUCAAGAGAUCGGAAAAAAGACAAUGACGUGAAAGACACUACAAAAGCAAAUAAGUCUGUAAAAACUAUCGACAUAUUAGACGACGAGAUUGAAAUAAGAAACAAGGAUCACAAUGCGCGUGGACCUAGCAACUCGAAAAAAAUGAGUUUGGUUUUGGAAGAUACACCUCCAAUAAGAAGAAUAUCUGAAAGGCGAAAGAGCACUGGAUCAAGUAAAAAAAAUGAUGAUAUAGAUACGACACCAUCUUCAAGAAGAAAAAGUACCGACAAAAACCACUCUAGUGCUUAUAAGUCAAAGUCUAAAUUCAAAGUACCUCCAUUAAUUGAAGCACAUGCACUGAAUGUUGACAAACACAAACCCAAAUCAAGGCCCAGCGCUGAAAAAGAACUACCAUUAGAAAAACCAGAAGAAAAAGCGAGAGAACAUGAAAGGACUAUCAAAGAUACAGUUAAGAGAAGAUCAAGCAUCAGUACUCCAAGUCCCGUCGCACAAAAGAAGUUGAAGACAGGGACUAGGACUAGUACACCAAGAAAAAGUAAGGGAACAGAUCAGCCAGCAAUCGAUAAAUCUACCAAGGAAGCUAUAAAAGAAAUAAGGAAACAGAAAUUGAAGGAAUUGGGUGAAAAACAUAGUGAAAGCAAAGGAGAUAGUAAACCAAAAGUGGUCACUCAGGUUCCUAAAGUGAAAGAUCCUAGAAGAGGCGCAUUUCUAUUAGGUAACCCUCCUACAAAACCUUCUGUUGUAAAGUCGCCUGCGGAUAAUCCAAAGAGGUCAUCUGAAAGGCUAGUAGAAAGAAAGAAACGUUCUUCUAACUCAGCUGCAAAGGAUAGUGAGAUCCAGGACAGGACUAUUAGCAGUCAGCUGAGUCCCAGCGAUCAGCUGACGCAAAGAGUCCCAGCGAUGAAUAGUACCCGCGUGCCAAGAAGCGACUUUGAUUGCAUCACAAUGUCAGAUUUUAUAAAUAGGACUCAAACUCGUCCAGAUUCAACUAUGCAUGAUCGAAAAACGAGAUGGACCCAGAAUCAUGUCUAUCGGGAAUUGGACAAUGUUGACGAGCACGUCCAGCAGAUCGUGUUCUGGAAUGUUCGAUGGAUUAUCGAGCAGCAGGGCCAGGAAAUAAGCCCACCCAUCAACAAAGAGAAUGAAGAGAUGGUUCCUUUAGACUUCCCUUCUGUCGAAAAAUACGCUCGGAUCAUGCAACCGCUGAUAAUGUUGGAAUUGUGGAAUUACAUAUACCCUUCCUGUAUAAACAAAAAUAGGAAUCCCUUUCUGGCAACGUUGAAGCAUGUACGGUAUACGACUGAAACAACCUAUUUAGAAUGUGAAUGUUACCUUCCCGAAAACAGAGGCACGUCGUUAAAACCAGAAGAUUUGACACUGAUCGAAUGCAAACUGAUUGACGAUGAAAACGUAACAUACCAAAUUACUGGAUUUGGCUUCAUAAAAUAUUGUAACAGGAUAGAUAAUACGCGUGAAGGUCAUUCAAAGAGUCCUAACGUUAAAUUCACAUUGAUGACGAGAUAUUUUGGCAAAAGAGUGAGUAGCAAGCAGGUGUUAAUCAAAACGGUGGACAACAUCGCCAAUUUUCUGAGAUUGUUGAAAACUAUGCGGUAUUUGAAAACAUCUCCUUUGGUCGGAAAUAUUUUGAAUCCUCGGAUAGAAGAUUAUAGAAUACAUGUGGAACACAAGGAUUUAAAUGUCAAGGCAAAUAAAUUGAAUGAACGGCAAAGAGAAGCUGUUCUGGAAGCAAGACAAGUUUGUCUGGGACACGAACCGAAAAUAUACUUAUUAAAAGGCCCACCCGGCACGGGAAAAUCCACCGUUAUUACCAGCUUAAUAUUAGAUGUGGUAUACAACACAAAAGAUGCGGACGAUCCUCUUGUUCUGGUAACAGCACCGUCCAAUGCUGCUGUUGACAGUUUGAUCAGCAAACUUGCAUUAGCUAGGAAGAAAAUCAAAGAUGAGAAAAUGCGUAGUAGAUUGAGAAUAGUCAGAGUUGGUCCAGAGUCGAGUAUAAACAGCAACGUGGAAAAGUUCAAAUUGAGCACUCUAGUCAGAAACAACAUGGUAACUGAAUAUAGGCUUAACCAGUGCACUGACUAUCAGAAAUAUGUGGAGGAAGGCAGGUUGGAUGAGUUCAUCCGAUUGAAGCUACAAAAUAAAUUUUAUUAUGAGCAGAAAAGGCUGGAGGACGUAGUCCUCAAAAGAAGUAAUAUCAUUUGUACUACUCUGCAGAGUUGUACUCACAAUAAAAUCUUGAAUUCCUGGAGAAGUGGAAGCCUCAGAGAUUUUACGUGUUGUAUAAUAGAUGAAGCCACACAAUGUACAGAACUUGAAUCAUUGCUUCCUAUUCAAUUGGGUAUUACAAAGUUUGUAUUGGUUGGGGAUCCAAAGCAGCUACCAGCUGUUGUUACAAAUCGGGUCUAUAAGUCUAUAACACUUACAAAUAUACACCCCAAGUCCAAGUCGAAGAUCGAGUGGAUAUAAACAAAAUCAUACACUGUGCGCUCGUGAUAUUCGAAAGCUGAAGAAUUUUACAUGGCCGUUUCCACAACCAACUCGUGAUGAUACCUACAUCUCGUCGGUUGCAAAUGGUAUCAAUAAAAUUUCAUAAGUGUCAGGAUGCAUAUAAACUGGGCCUGGGGAUGUCUCUGUUCUCUCGCAUCGAAGAAAAAUUCCGGAAUGUUCCGAAAAGCCCAGUUAAACUUCUAGAAAUACAGUAUCGGAUGGCAACAGCGAUAUGCGAAUUUCCGAACCAAGCAUUCUACGACGGUAAAAUAAGAUCCAUGCCAAAAUGUGAUAAUCCUAUUCAACCCGCCUUAAGGCCAUACCUGUUGUUCAACCUGACACGAACACACACCGUUGACGAAUCUGAAUUUACGAACAUGAACGAAGUAAGGUUUAUCUGUAAGCUGCUUGAAACAUUAAAGACUCACGUUAAACAGCAAUGUUUCUAUUCUGUCGGAGUUAUUGCACCUUAUAGAGCACAGAUUGACUUGCUGCGACUAGAGAUUUCUAGCAUAGAAUUCCCACAUGAAGCAACCGUUACCAUAAACACCGUGGAUUCUUUCCAAGGUGCGGAGUGUGAUGUAAUCAUCAUAUCGUGCGUCAGAAUGAACUCUAAUUGCUUCCUACAAAAUGAGCAAAGGUUAAACGUAGCUUUAACGCGAGCUAAGCAAGCCCUUUAUGUUGUGGGCAAUUAUACACUUUUCAAGCAUUGUAAGCCUCUGUACGAUUUGAGAGAAAAUGCAAAAUCACGCAGGCUGUGUUUUGACAUAAUGGACAAUCCAAAGGAUUUGCCUCUUCUACAUAAGUUUAUAUUCUCUUAACAAUAGUGACUCAAUGACACAUUUGAAGAUAAUUAUUUUUAUUUUCCUAUCAUUACACUACAGAAUUUAAAUUAUUGCUAUAUUUUUAAGUUGUAAAAAGCAUUGUUUAUUUUUACUAUACUAAUGUUAUGGGUCUCAGAAACGUGAGAACUGCAGUCAUUCACAUGUAUAUUUUUGCAUUGAGAUCGCAAUUUUGACAUAUAAUUUUGUUUCAAUGUAAGACAUUUUUAUUACAAUGUAAUAGGACUUAUUCAAAAAUUGAUAUUUUGUACUAUUUUGACACCUUGUGAACCUUUGACCCAAAAUGCAAAAUAUAAAUGAGUUGAUUAAAUUUUAUUUGACGUAUAA